AUGAGCGACCAAACAAGGAAGAAAGACAUGAAGAGGAAGAGAGCUCAAUCAAUCCAUACUUAUUUCAAGCCAAUUGGUUCAAUCUCCCAGCCAUGUGAACAUGGUGAUGGUGCUAAUACAAAUGAUGUGCAGCCUAGCGAAGAGACAACCCUAGUCAUGCUGAAGAAGCCAGUUGGGAAGUGUGGUUCGGACACAUUCACUGUCAAAGGAUUUGAUAAGUGGAAGAAGGUUAACAAUGGAAAAGAAUGUGCUUUUCUCAAACAUAUGGGCACUACUCCCAGCUCUGCUCAUAACUUUGCAGUUCGGUGUUACGAAAAUCUGAAAAAUAAUCCAAUUCAUAUUGACAAGGUGAUGAAAAAGCAAACUAAGCAAAUGGUUCUUGAUGCAAGACUGAGGCUUAAGACUUCUAUUGAUGCCAUGAGGUGGUUAAUGUUUCAAGCAUGUCCAUUUAGAGGAAAUGAUGAAUCUGAGGAUUCCAAGAAUCAAGGUAAUUUCAAGGAAAUGAUUAAGCUUUUGGCUUCUUAUAAUAAGGAUGUACAAGAAGUUGUACAGAAUGCUCCUAAAAAUGCAAAGUACACCUCCUCAACUAUUCAGAAGGAAAUUGCUAGCAUAAUUUCACGAAAAGUGCAAACCUCAAUUAAAGAAGAAAUGGGUAACAGCAAGUUUGCAAUACUGGUUGAUGAAUGUCGGGAUGAGUCUAAAAAAGAGCAGAUGGCAGUAGUUGUUCGGUUUGUGAACAUAGAAGGGUUGAUAAGGGAGCGUUUCCUUGAUCUUGUUCAUGUUAGUGACACUUGUGCUUUGACUCUCAAGAAUAAAAUCAUUGCUGUCCUAGUUGAUAAUGGGUUGAAUGUGCAAGAUAUUAGAGGCCAAGGCUCAUCAACUCCAAUUGGCUUUGGUUGCCGCUUCAAGGGAGUUAGUGCAUCUCCCAAACGUAAUGAUGAGUUACUAGAAAACCAGGCAGCUCAAAUUGCUAGAGAGAUUGAAUUGGGAGAGCUUGACACUGGAAGAGGGGCUAAUCAAAUAGGAUCUUUACAAAGGGCCGGGGACACGAGAUGGAGUUCACACUAUAAGUCAAUCAAAAGUUUGCUCAAGAUGUUUGUUGCAACUAUUUCAGUUCUAAGAAGUGUAGCAACUGAUCGCUCAGCUACAAGGAAUUCAAGAGGAGACGCUGCAGGUGCCCUGAAGAUAUUAAACACAUUUGAUUUUGUCUUCAUUCUACACCUAAUGGAAAGAAUUAUGAAAAUCACGGAUAUCUUGUGUGUUAAACUUCAAAAUAAAAGUUUGGAUAUUGCUAAUGCACUGGAUUGUGUUUCUAACACAAAGUCGUUGCUUGCUAAACUGAGACAAGAUGGAUGGGAAAGUCUUUUUGAAGAUGUCAAAUCAUUUUGUGUGAAACAUGAGAUUGAUAUCCCGGACAUAUGGAUCAAAGUCUACAUUGAGAAGGAAAUAGCAGCCAAGUUUAGCUCCGACGAUAUUAUUGAGAUAUUUGAUACUGGUGCUCGUAAAUCCGACUUCAAAUUAAUAGAUAUGUAA